AUGGUCGAGCUGGAUGAUAUCCGUAUAGAUAACGAAUAUAAAGGAAUAGACGGUAAACAGGAGAGUGUUAAUGAUGCCUUGCAGGAUCUGGAGCUUCAGAGGGAAAAACUUGAAAUAGUUGCUAAUAAUGAUGAUGAUCAAGAUGUUCGAAAUAUACUCAACUUUUUGGGUCAAGCUGAAAUUCUGAACAGUAAAGAAACCACUGAGGCUAGAAGAAACAGAUUAGCAGAGCUUGUGGCUAGCAGGACAGAAUUUCUAACCGUGUAUGAGGAAUAUAAGAAGGGCGGGGGGCUCCAUAAUGAGGAAGAAGAUGAGGAGGAGGAAGAGUUUUACACACCUGCGAGUGAGGAACUCGUCAAAGCAAGGAGAUUCCUAGUUAAAUACUCUAUCAACAAAUCUAAAGAAAGACUACGAUCGGAGAAAGAGCGUGCUCUUAAGGCUUCAGUAAAACAUGAAAUAAACAAAAGAAGAGUUUUCAACAAAGAGCUUCAAAACUUCGAAUUGAGUGGAUCACAAGUUGCUUCCAUAAGGCCAAUAUCAAAGAUUGCGAUUGCUCCAAAUGAUGAAGUGUUUGCGACAGGUGAUUGGAACGGAGAUUUGAAAUUGUUCAAUUCAAAAACAUUGGAACCAACGGUUAAAAUCGAUAACGUUCACUCCGGUAAAAUAGGUGGAUUGGAUUGGAAUAAGACGGGGGGUAUGCUUGUUACAGGUGCAGAAGAUGGAAUGGUAAAAUUGUAUAGUUAUACAAGCAAUGAAAUAAAGGAGACAACCGUGCUGAAAGGACACGAGAAAAGAGUAGUAGCCACUAAAUUCCAUCCCAGUACCAGAUUUCUCGGUAGCACUUCUUUUGACACAACAUGGAGGUUAUGGGAUAUUGCUACUUCUCAAGAACUUCUUCUGCAGGAAGGGCAUUCAAAAGAGGUAUAUUCUUUGUCUUUCCAAGGCGACGGUUCUUUGGUAUGCACCGGAGGACUCGAUAACACAGCGCUUCUUUGGGAUAUUAGAUGCGGGAAAUCAAUAAUGACUUUAAAUGGCCAUUCAAAGCCAGUAUAUUGUGUUGAUUGGUCAUGUAAUGGAUACAACGUUGCGACCGGAGGUGGUGAUGGACUCAUUAAUAUUUGGGAUAUAAGGAAAACUAAUCUGGUGAACACCAUUCUUGCACAUAACAAUAUCAUCAGUGACCUGCGUUUCGCAAAGCAAGACAGUAAAUGCCUUGUUUCAUGCAGUUACGAUAAAAAAAUUAAUAUUUAUAGUAGUGAUAACUGGUUAAAAGUGAAAACUCUGGAGGGUCACUCUCAUAACAUAUUAAGUGUCGAUAUGACAAAUAAUGCAAAAGCACUUAUCAGUGGGGGUUGGGAUAGGUCAGUAAAAUUAUGGCAUCCAUAG